UAUUUUCUAAGAUUCAAAUUUAUUUCUACAGCACGCUUUUAUAACACGGUCGUAAAUGUUCCCCAAUAUCAACAAAUCCGUGAGUCUUCCGGCGAAAUGUAUAGUGGCGUGUACAUAUUAUUCUCUUACAUAUUACUGCAAGUUAAUUGCGGGCGGUCAGGUGUAAAAAUUAUCAAUAGUGUUAUCGCUAAAGAAGAUGAGUAUCCGUUCAUUGUAAGAUUGGAAAGAAGAAUAUUAAUUACAUUUAAUAAUAGAAUUUUGGCUGAAAACAACGUGCACAUCUGCACGUGCACAGCUCUCAGCCGCUCAUUGUUGCUAACUGCCGGCCACUGCCUCAAAAGCGUAGGAUUCAUUAAAAACCUCACGAAUAGCCUGGCCGUCCAACCAGUCGUACGAUACGGCGCUGGAGGUAGUAAAUUGGCAAAAGUGAUGUCAGUUAUCCACCACCCAAGCUUCUAUGACCCUGAACCGAAAAUACAAAGUAACAUUGGGUUGGUGAGAACACAACUAAUUGGACUGAAUCAAUUCGCAAAGCUAAGUGAAUUAGAUAUGAUUGGUGUAGGAAACCGGGUGAUUGCUCUAGCUGGAUACAGAGCUAUCAAAAAGUCAGUGAGAACAGAAAUGGGCAGAGUGUAUAAGGCGUCACAGUUACAGGUACUGAGAUUAGUUGUGAUGCCGCAUGACAACCAGAUUGUAUCGGGACAUCCGAUGAAGUGUACACCGGUAUAUUGCUUGCCAACUUCAACUACAUGUGAUGGAGACUCUGGCGGGCCAUUACUGCACUUCACAGGAGUAAUGGGCAUCAGCACCACUAGUCUGGAAUAUAUCAAAGGUUGCUCUGAACUAAACAAAACUCAAUCGAUUGGUAUGGGCGAAAUCAUUGCCCUAACGAAGCCACAUAUGAAAUGGAUUAAUGAUAAUAUAAAACGAGAUGACCAGAUGCCUGUAUGAAUUUAGAGGUAUAAUAUCUCGCAGUGAAUUCAUACGUAGGCUGUGAAGUGUUUCAAAAAUAACAUUAAUAACUGACAUCGGCCAUCACGUAUACCUACACAUGUUAUUUCCUUGAUUUUAUUGUGUGAUAAAUAUCCA